AGCCAACCCUAGAAUCGCUCGUUUCCUGUCCCUCCUCCUGUGUGCGGCGCCGCCGCUGCGCACAGGCCACAUCUCCUCGCCCUCCUCCACAUCUCCGGCCAAAGCGCUCACUUCUCCGGCCUUCCUCCACAUCUCCUCGCCUCCACCCCAUCCACUUCCUGUCCAAGACUGUGGCAACGGAGCUCGGCGGUUGCGGCCCUUCUCCAAGACUGCAGCGUGGUGCUCGGCGGCUGCGGCAACGGAGCUGAUGGAGCGCGAGCCGACCAGUUCAACGGAGGCGGUAGCACGGGGCAGCGGCAGCAGCAUGGAGGGCGUCCGCUUGACUGGAAAGGUACAAAUGUUCUUGAUGCAGUUUCAGUACGUGUAUGCAGUUUCAGUCUUCAGCAAUUUGUCUCGUCCAAAUUUAGGAGAGGUCCCUGGUAAAUGGCUCGGCAAAUGCAUAUAUCAUACGGGGUUAAGAAAAAAGAAAGUAUUUGUUGAUAGUGAGAGUGAGGAUAAUGAUGGGGUGAGUGAGGAUGGGGAAGAUGCUCCAUCCAUGCAUGAUCAGCAAGAGGCGCAAAUGCAAGUGGAAAAAGAGACACAAAUUCAAGUGGAAAAGGACGCACCACCAACAGAUGGCAAUUUGGAGACCCGUAGAUCUGUACGGCUUGUGAAGAAGAAGACCAAGGGCGUCAACAGCCUAUACCCGCUGCUUAGAAAUCUGCUGAAAUGCCACAUGAAGAACUAAGGAUAUCAAGAAGCUUUUGGAUGUAUGCAAGCUUGGAGCUGCUGUUUAUAGAAAUGACACUUGAAGAAUAACCAAGGAUAUCAAGAAGCUUUUGGAUGUAGGCAAGCUUGGAGCUGCUGUUUCAAUGUCAUGCUUUGAUAGUUGUCUUUUGGAGCUGUUGUUUCUAUGUGUAAUACUUUAAGUCUGUUGGCUGUACCGGACUAUUUAAACUCUGAACUAUGCUGUGAUGGUUGAACUGA